GAGUAUCUUUCGUUCCGUAGACAAGUUUCGCAUAGGUAUUUUCGUGCACCUCAUUGGUUCGCUCUUUCGUUUUAUUUCUGUUCCGCCUUCUUUCGGAAAGUGCGAGUGUCUUUGCAACGAAAACGUACAUAAGAGAUUUACAUUGUGUAACAAACCUCAUCGUUCAUAAGCCUUAAUUGAUACACAGGUCGAGCUAUGCCAUCCUGAUCGACCUCAAUUUCACAGAAGAGUCUCAGUGUAGUCGCGAUAAAACGUUCAAACAAGUUGGAACAAAUAUAAAAAUUUGAUCAAGAAAAAACGCAACAAAUAUGUCGUUCUUUGUAACCGCCAAGGCUGUGAUACUUUUCGUUUUUUGGGCAGUGAUCUUUAGCAUCGAAAAUAUCAUUAAAUUGUUCAUCCCGUUGAAAUAUAAGAUGAAGAGCAUUGCCGGGGAAAUCACUCUAGUGACUGGAGGUGGUGGUGGUUUAGGAAGGUUAACCGCCCUUAGGCUGGCCAAUCUCGGUGCCAUCGUUGUCAUCUGGGACGUUAAUAAGGCUGGUAUGGAAGAGACUGUCAAGUUGGUGCAGACCGCGGGUGGUACUUGUUAUGGUUAUGUUUGCGAUUUAUGCGACAAGGAAGAUAUUUACAAGAAAGCGGAACUAGUUAAAAAAGAAGUUGGGAAGGUGACUAUUUUAAUAAAUAACGCCGGUGUGGCCCAGGGAUUGAAAUUCUUAGAUUCGCCGGACAAACUUCUUAUACGAACAAUGGACGUGAACGUGAUGAGUCAUUUUUGGACGACGAAAGCGUUCUUACCUUCGAUGCUGGAAGAUAACAAAGGUCAUAUUGUAAGUAUAGCAAGUUUAGCUGGAUUUGUAGGAGUACCAUGCUUAGUGGAUUAUUGCACUUCAAAAUAUGCGGCAAUCGGAUUCGAAGAAGCUCUUCAUAUGGAGUUAAUUGCUGAUGGAUAUGAUAUCAAUAUGACCGUGGUAUGUCCGUUUUUCAUUCGAAGCACUGGCAUGUUUGGCGAAGUUUCUCCUAAACUUUUACCGAGGCUUACGCCGAAUAAAGUGGCGGAUCGAAUAGUAACUGCUGUGAGAUGCAAUGAAAAACUCGUUAUAAUUCCUGGUUACAUACGAAUUUUCCUUCUUGCAAAAUGCUUAUUGCCAUGGGCUUGCACAAAUAUGUUUGUACAAAAUUUAUUACUAAACAAAAUAUCGGAUAAUACAUCAAACAGUGAUACUCUUAAGAAAGAAGAAAUUAUUCCUGGAAUGGUAACCAAAGAUUCAGACACCUCAGUUAUUCAUCAACAAUUAACCAGACGUAUCUCUAGUUCGGAAAGGAAACCUUAAUCGUUUUAUGAUCGACAUGAUCGACAACUUCGCAACAUAUCCAACUAUUUUCGAUUGCCUUUUUUUCCAAUCUGAAUAAGUAACGUGUACCUAUGUGUGGGAGUUAUGGAACAUUUAAUAUAUGUUAUAUUAUAACUGUUAUAAUAUUGCGAAACUCGUUUAAUACGAGUUUUUAAUAAUAAUGUCAAUAGAGCUUGUUUCUGAAACGAGUUAUUGCGCAAGAUAAAUCUUAUAGAAUUAAAAGUGAAUUUUACAAUCAAUAUUGAAAUUUGUUAAGAAAUAAUAAUAUGAAUAGGAAUAAAAUUUUUUAAAAUAAUCAAUUAAUAUCUCUAAAUGUUAUUUUUUAUAAUUAUAGUGUAUUGUGUCUUUUGAAAAUUACAAAAAACGAUUGGCACUAAAUUUGUUUUGUUGUUAAGAGAGAUUGUAUCGAAUCUUGCACGAUAUUAAGGAAAAUUUGUACAUUUUAAUAUUGUUAAUUACCAUUUUUACUAUAAUGUUUUGUAUAAUAAUAUUUUAUGGCACGAUGAUGAAGUUCAUAUAGUUACAAAUUUUAAUAUACAAUUUAUAUAAAUGUUAAAUAUCAUCGAUAUGUAUGAUGGGUAUAUACGAUUGUAAUAGUGUAGUAUAGUAAGAAUAGUUAGUGAUAAUUUGAUUGCAAAGGAACAAACACGUAUAUUUAUCAAAUUUUUAUUUUGCUAAAUCUUACGAAUUAUUAGAAAAUAAUUUUCAUUUCGAAUAGAAAAAAAUAAAGUUUAUAUCAUUUGUAGAUAUUGACCCAUUUGACAUAUUAUUGCAAGAUGAAACUUGUUGAAUCGAUAAGUUCAUCAUGUAUGCAUUAUCAUUUUAAAAAUAUAGUGCCAUAUAUCUGAUAAACUGAUUGUUUGUGAAAAGAAUAUUGUAAUAAAAUUAUAUUUUAUAUUCUUCAA